UGGACGGUUCUUCAGAAACGGUUCGUCAACCACCUCGGUAGCUUGCUGGCCAAAAUAGCCGAAAGAUUCAAGCUAUUUAUACGCUUUGGGUGUAUAUUAGCUACUGUGUUUUAGACACACUUCUGUCGUAUCUACUUGUUAACCUAUUUAAUUUAAUAUUACAUUAUUUUGUAUUAGUCAGCUAUAGUAGCUGGCUGGUUAAGUUAGCACUAGCCUAGUUGCUACUGCUAGCUAGCUACCAUCCCCGAACAUGAGCUCCCUAAACAUCUCCCCUCCUGUUAAAGAAGAGGGGGUCCGCUGGACUGAGAAAGAUGCUCUGGGACUGAACAUUGUCGUGAAAGAGGAGAAGGAAGAGGAGGAUGUCACAGUAAAACAAGAAGUCGAGGCUGAGGCUGUUACAGUGAAAGAAGAGAAAGAUGUUUCAGUGAAAGAAGAGGAAGACUCGUUCAGAGUGAAAGAGGAAGAGGAUGUCACAGUAAAAGAAGAGGAGAAAGAGGAUGCAGUUUUUGGAGUGAAGAAGGAAGGGGAGAUUACUGUCACAUUGAAAGACGAAGAGGUGGAGAUAGGAGAUCUGAUUAACACCAGAGAGAGACCAGACUCUCCCUCUGACAGCGGGAAGAGUCCUUCAGGGGAACCAGACCCAGGGAAGGGUCCUUCAGGGGAACCAGACCCAGGGAAGAGUCCUUCAGGGGAACCAGACCCAGGGAAGAGUCCUUCAUGGGAAUCAGACCCAGAGACGCCCAAAGCAACAGGAGGACAUCACUGCUCCCUCUGUGGAAAGAGUUUUACCAAGUUAGGGAGCCUGAAGAAACAUGAGAGGACACACACAGGAAAAAAGACUUUCCAAUGUUCCCAGUGUGGAAAAGGUUUUCUUUGGUUAUAUCACCUAAAUAGGCAUGAGAGGACACACACAGGGGAAAAACCUUUCCAAUGCUCCCAGUGUGGAAAGAGUUUUAACGAAUUAGGGUACCUAUUAAUACACAAGAGAAUACACUCUGGAGAGAAGCCUUACCACUGCUCCAAAUGCGGAAUGACUUUUACCUGGUUAGGGAGCCUGAAAACACACGAGAGAAUACACACUGGAGAAAAUCCUUUCCAAUGUUCCCACUGCGGAAAGAAUUUUACCCAGUUAGGGAACCUAAAUCGGCACAAGAGGACACACACAGGAGAGAAACCUUACCAAUGCUCUCAGUGUGGAAAGAGUUUUAGGGGUUUAGUGAGCCUGAAACAGCAUAAGAGAAUACACACAGGAGAGAAGCCGUAUCACUGUUCCCAGUGUGGAAAGAGUUUUAGAUGGUUAGGGACCUUGAAAAUGCAUGAGAGGACACACACCGGAGAAAAACCGUACCAAUGCACCGUGUGUGGAAAGAGAUUUACCCAGUUAAAGUCCAUGAAAUUACACGGGAGAAUACAUACAGGAGAGAAGCCUUACCACUGCUCCCACUGUGGAAUGGCUUUUACCUGGUUAGUAAACAUGAAAACUCACGAGAGAAUACACACAGGAGAGAAGCCUUAUCAAUGUUCCCAGUGUGGAAAGAAUUUUAGGGGUUUAGUGAACCUGAAACAGCAUGAGAGGACACACCCACAAGAAAAGCCUUACCAAUGCUCCCUGUGUGGAAAGAGUUUUACCAAGUUAGGGGGUCUGACAAGGCAUGAGAGGACACACACAGGAGGGGAUAAGACGUACCACUGCUCCCUGUGCGGAAAGACAUUUAACAGGUUAAGGCAUCUGAAUAAGCAUGAAAGAAUACAUACACAGGAGGAGAAGACAUACCACUGCUCUCAAUGUGAAAAGACAUUUUCCCAGUCAGAGGACCUGAAAUCACAUGAGAGAAUAGAGAGGCUGUGUUCUGACUUAUGUUUUUGACUUGAGAAUUUGUGUUUUUGUUUAUGCCGCAUUAAAUCAUAUUGUUUAUAUGAAGUCUUAAACAAAAAAGGUUUUCUUAAAAAAAAAAGUUUGGUUCAUGUCUAAAAUGAGAUACUUUGAUAUUUUGUAUACAAGUGUACAGGUUUCAGAACAUCUCAUAGUAAUAGGAGUAUAUCACCUGUUUCACCUGUAUAUCACCUGUAUCACAAUAUAUCACCUGUUUCUGGACAGGACUCUAGUCUAGAGUACCACAGUAUAGUAACAGGAGUCUAUCACCUGUUUCUGUAGUGAGGCAGCUUGAUGUACGUCCCCUGGACAAGAUGGCUGUCUUAAUAUUUUACUGCUCCUCUUUAAUUAUUUGUUACUUUUAUUUCUUAUUCAUAUUCAUUUUUUUCCCCAACUGAAUUGUUGAUUAGGGCUUGUAAGUAAGCAUUUCACUGUAAGGUGCAUGUGACAUAAUAUUAAGUUGUUAUAUAGAUUAAUGGAAUUUUGCAUUUCUAGAUUACAGCCUUGAAACCUCUUGAAUUGGAUUUGUUAUAUGAUUUGGAUAUUGCUAAAUUAAUUUGAUUGGAUUCAGUUGCAGAUAAACAUAUUAGCACCAUUGUACUUUUUCUUAAAUAAUGACCUAUUUCUUCUAAAAUAAGUUGAAAUUGAUGGUCUCCACACCUUAUAGUAUUUUCAACAUUGCAGAACCAAUACAUUUUUUGUUAACUUAAGUUUACAUUCGGCUAAUUCAGCCACACCCAUUGCUGACAGGUGUAUAAAAUCGAGCACACAGCAAUGCAAUCUCCAUAGACAAACAUUGGCAGUAGAAUGGCCUUACUGAAUUUCAACAUGGCACCGUCAUAGGAUGCCACCUUUCCAACAAGUCAGUUUGUCAAAUUUCUGCCAUGCUUGAGCUGCCCUGGUCAACUGUAAGUGCUGUUAUUGUGAAGUGGAAACAUCUAGGAGCAACAAUGGCUCUGCCAAAAAGUGUUAGGCCAUACAAGCUCACAGAACGGGACCGCUGAGUGCUGAAGCACGUAGCACUUAAAAAUCGUCUGUCCUCGGUUGAAACACUCACUACUACCAAGUUCCAAACUGCCUCUGGAAGCAACGUCAGCACAAUAACUGUUCGUCAGGAGCUACUUGACUAUCCACACAUUACGCACACACACACACACACACCGCAGCCUAGCCUGAAAAUAUUUUUGAUAUCUAGGAAUGUUCUGACAAAUAUUUCCGUGCUCCGCUGGCAUGGAAUCUCCCAGAACAAACAUCCAUGCUCUCCUCCCGGAGGUUAUAACAACACAACAUCAAACACCGUAAAUACACAACUUGGUGGAACCACAUGAAAAGGUUGGGAACAUGUUUUCAUUGGCCAGUGAGGUUAAGCCCUCGUCACAGCUACAACUUAUUUAUCAGAAUUCCUGCUGUAAAAAUAGCUACAUUAUUUCUGACACCCACAACUCAACUGCACCACGCGAGUUUAAUAGGAUUUAUGUUUAGUUUGUUAAAAUAGAAUCUUUAGUCUUGGGUCCCUGCAUUUUUUAAAUAUUUAUUUACUUUUGAUAUUGAAUACUGCAUUUUUUUUUUGAGGAAGAGCUUGCAGGUAACAGGGUGUUUUAUACUAUUGGUAAAACAUGUGGAUAACCACGCUAGCUUCGCUCUCGUGUGGUGCUAGCAAGUAUAAUAGGUAGUGCUAGGUAUCAACAGCCUCCCGAGUGGCGCAGCACUGCAUCGCACUACAGAUCCGGGUUCGAUCCCGGGCUGUGUCGCAGCCGGCCACAACCGGGAGACCCAUGAGGCGGUACACAAUUGGCCCAGCGUCGUCCAGGAUAGGGGAGGGUUUCGCCGGCUUGAAUGUCCUGGUCCCACCGAUCAUCAGAUAUAAAUGAUAGUUUUACAGUCUAAGCCCUGUCGGAGGGGGAGGUUGUUCUAAACUAUAUGGAAUUGUUUUAAGAAGGUUUAAACAACAUGAAGGGCUUCCCCAGUAUAGUGCUGUUUUUAAGAAGGUUAUACCAAGGAUCAUUUUGAACUGUAAGACUCAUGGAAGUAUCAACAAAAAAUAUUAAAAAGUUAUUUUAUGUAAAAAAAAAAUUGGCCAUACUGUUAUAACCAUAGUAACACAUUGGAUAACAUUCACAACAUGGAACAACAGUACCCAUAGUAACACAUUGGAUAACAGUCACAACAUGGAACAACCGUAACCAUAAUAACAUUGUUUCCCCCAGAACAUCUAAAGCAG